CCCUGAUUUCCCCAAGUUCAAAACUUUGCACCCCCAAAACUCUGGAGUCCAAUGUCAGAAAAUCUUAAGCACCCACUCGAACUACAUAGCAUCAGCAACUCCCAAUCUCCCCAAAGGCCUUCAAAGAUUUCCAAAACCACCGACGAUUUCAGCGACGGCGAUCAGGAGUCGCAGCAACCGCAAUCGAUGAGCCAACACCCUCGAAUCCAGCGAUAUCUUCUGGCAAUCGAGUACAUUGGUACUCGCUUUUCGGGCUCGCAGCAGCAGUCCAAUUGCCGCACAGUUGUUGGCGUUCUUGAGGAGGCAUUUUGUAAAUUUAUUGGGCAGCCGGUUUCGAUAUUCUGUUCGAGUCGAACUGAUGCUGGAGUCCAUGCCUUGUCGAAUGUUUGUCAUGUAGAUGUCGAGCGUAUUAGCAAAAGGAAGCCUGGUGAAGUGUUAGAACCCCAUGAACCUGCAGUGGUCAAAAAAGCAGUGAAUCAUUUCUUACAGAAGAAUGAAGGUGACGUGAUGGUGAUAGAUGUCCGAAGUGUUCCAGCAGAUUUUCAUGCUCGAUAUAAAGCCCAAGAGCGCACGUACUUCUACCGUUUUCUGUCCGGACCAGAUCCUUUGUCAACUUUUGAAAAAGACCGGGCAUGGCAUGUACCUGAGGAGCUGGAUCUUUGCUCUAUGCAGGAAGCAUGCAAAGUUCUGGUUGGACAUCAUGAUUUUAGUUCCUUUAGGGCAGCAGGUUGUCAGGCAAAGUCGCCGAUCAGAACGUUGGAUGAACUUAAUGUUUCUGAGGUAGUGUCAAGUCCUUGUUUUCCAUCAAUAAUGGAGAGGAAACAAAACAAUUUAGUGGAGGAAGAUCCUCAUGCCCACGCUAACAAAUCAGAGACUGAUACACCCUCUAGUUUCAAUGAAGGACAAGGAUUUGGCGUGAGAAAAAAACACCGUUGCUUUGUGGUAACCGCACGAGCACGUUCUUUUCUAUACCACCAGGUUAGACUGCUUGUUGGUGUACUCAAGUGCGUUGGCACCGGAGACUUAAAAGUACCUGAUGUCGAGAGGAUCUUGAAGGCAAAGACGGUGUCUGCUGCUAGUCCCAUGGCACCUGCCUGUGGUCUGUACCUUGGACAAGUGAAGUACGAUUUGCCAUGAGAUGAACACGGCUACUCUGUCAGAUGCUUGCGGCGGACUUCUGUG